AUGAAGUUAACAAAUCCUCUUUUAUCCAUAGCGUGUGGUCAAUUUUCUCUAAGCAUUAUGCAGGUCCUAUUUAUGUUUUAUUAUGUGAAGAUAUAUAUGAAUGUCUUUCACGUGCCCCAGUUAUGGUUUAACAUCGCACAAGUUCUUUUCAUGAUUUGGAAUGCUAUAAAUGAUCCGUUGUUUGGAUACUUGCAGGACUCACCUCACUCCUGGAUGAAAAACCGAGCUUCCGUGAUCAAAUACUUUUCUCCAUUCCUAGCAGUGUCUUUCAUAUUCAUGUGGAUACCAUGGAAUACUACCGGCUCCUAUUUAGAAGGGAUCCAUUUGAUUCUCUCUCUUCUCUUGUACGAUGCUUUCUUCAGUUGCAUUUCUGUUGCAUGGAGCGCUCUCUUUGCUGAUAGCACGAAGGAACCUCGGUUACGCGUAGCGGCAAUGAAAUAUAGUCAAAUCAGUAUACUGAUAUCAGUGAACAUUAUUGCAGUUACAGAAAAACUCAGUCAUAGUCUCGAAACUUUCAAUAUUUUCUUACUGAUAGUUGUUGGUGUGAGUGCCAUCGGUUUUCUAUGUCUGCAAGUAGCUGGCUCCUUAGAACAGCCUCUUCCAUUUUCAAGAGUCGAGGAUGAGUCGGAGAACUUGUUGGAAUCCAAUCAUGCAGAUAAAAGCUUGAAGUCAUCAGAUUCAUUGGCACAUGCUUGGACGUUGACAAAAGAAAUUGUGAAGAAUAAAAGCUUCUUGCUCAUUAUGAUUGCUAACUUUCUACACACUGGCAGAAGUGUAGCGCAUAUGAAUUUCGCUUCUACCGCUACAGAAAUCCUCAUUUCGCAAUCAGUAUUACCCAAGGGCUCGUUACGCUUGAGCGUGUUUUAUGCUGUCUUAACGCUUGGACCGCAAAUUUUGUUAAUUCUGAAUGAGAGGACAAUUUUAAAAUACGGGGCAGCUAAUGUGCUGAAAGCAUCAUAUAUCCUCUCUGUUAUUUCUUCGGGUUUUUUCUUAUUUGGUACAAACUCUUAUGUUAUAAUGAUAUUCAUGCUAGUUGAUAGUAUCACGGUUCAUUCAGCUGCUCCUCUGUUCAAUAUAGUUAUAUCCGAUUUUGUGGACGACGAUGCUAAACGCAAUAACCGACGAUCCACUCUAUCUUCCCUGAUAUUCAGUCUGAAUGCUCUGUUCGUCAAACCCGCUCAAUCACUAGCACCUGUAGCCAUUGUAUAUUUUUUGAAUGGGUUCGGGUAUGAUGAUUAUACAUCGAAAAAAGUGAUUUCUUCUAGUUUAAGCACUGGGAUGUUAUUUGUUCUGUUUGGAACACCUUUAAUCUUAGGUGGGAUCCAAAUGUUGUUCUUCAGAGCUUUUUCUUUGACUCAUAUUCAUCACAAGAAAUCUGAUAUAACAGAACUGUGA